UGAACGGUCGACUUGGAAAAAUCACCAAGCAAAGGAGCGCAACACCGAGCAGCAGUUCCCCUUCUACCACCGGACGCCACUCUCUGGCGGACGAGUUACAAACAUUCGCGAACAGAGACAUAAAAACAAUUGGAACACUGUCUUGGGGUGUCAUUACAAAUUUAACGUUGGAAAAGUCGAUGUCACAGCGAAAACGCCAAACCUAAAAAUAUCACUGACAGAGAAAAAAUCCAACUGCAUGCAGACUGUGAAGGAUAGUAGUGAAUUAAUAAAAACUAUUUGGUGUUUUUAAGUUUUGUGCAAAUUUUUGUUACUCCUGAAUUUCGGUUCGAUUAAAAAUUGUUUCGUGCAAAACAAAAAAAAAAAAAAAAUAGCGAAACCAGUGAAGUGUGAAUUUUUUUCAAGCUGGAACUUGCAUAAUUAUUUCAAUUUGAGUUUUCUUGCAUUCUCUUCAUAAUUUCUAAACUAAAUGUCUUAGAAAAACAGAAACAUCUUUAACUCCACCAAUCGCAAGAGGCGUUAAUUUUCUUAAAUGUUGAAACGCAAACGUUAUAAAAAACAUAAAAACUGUUAGAUAGUGAAAAUCAAAAUUACACAAAAGCUACGCAGUAAAAUAAAGGAAAUUCAAGCAAAAGUGAAUGCUCCAGCAACUUGUCGGUGGAAACUUUUGCCAUGAACCUCAUACCAAAUAUGUGCGAUAAAAUGUUUAUAUUGAUUUUAUUUUAUUAUAACGGUUCUUAUAAUUGGAAUAAAAAGGUCUAAAUAAACAAAGGAAAAGUGUAGAAAAUUUAGUAAAAACGCAGAUAAGCCGCAGAGGAAGGACACAAGAGUAGCAGUGCGCGGCAGAGACGUUGGAAAGGACAAUUAUUUUGUAUUGUGUGAGAAGUGCAGUAAAGAAUAACGGUAUAAUUUUACUUGUUUCAAUAAAUCAUUAUUUAAGUAAUAAAACCAACAAUAAAAAAUACAAUUGAAAAUAUAAAGAUUUUUCGUGUGUUCGCCGUAGAGAAAAGUCAUUCGAAGGAAGUCAUUUGCUCGCGAUACAACUUUCAAACACAACAAUAAUAAUUUCCAACAAAACUUCCAACGCAUUUCACGAUACGGAGCAACAUAAAAACAACAAAACGAUAUUUCACAACGCUUCGAAAAUUCGUCAAAACCCAUAAAGAAACCAAGGAGAGGAACACCUAUCAAAACAAACACGCCUAGCGAGUACUAAAGAUAAAAACGGAAGUAAAUAGCGUUAGUAGAUAAUAAACAUUUAAAAACGCGAAUAAAAAAAUUGGAAAUAAAUUUAAAAUUAAAAAAACGAAACAAGUAUUAAAACCACACACAUACAUACAUAUGUACGUUGUGUGAAAUAAACAACCACCCAAAAAUUCCAAAGGCAAUAAAGCGGUAAACAUUUUAUGCAAAGCAAAUAAACAAAAAAAAGUAAUUGAAGCGUAAUUCUUCAUACUUCGUUUGACGCUGGAAACCGAGUGGCGUUUGGGCUGUUAAGCCAGCAUAGCAAAACACAACGAGUGUGUGUGUGUGUUUUGUUUUGUCUCCAUUAUUAUUGCCCUCUAGCAUCGUCACGUCAAUCAACAGCCCGUUUUCCAGCCAGUUAGAGAGUCAGCUGUUUACGACGCAAUUAAGAUUUGCAAACCCACACACAUACGAACAGACGGCUGACGACGGUCUUUUCUGCCAUUAAAUACCUGUGUAGACCAGGCACUUCACUCUUCAAUAUACUCGUACAUAUUUGCACUCUACUCCCCAAGCACUUCUUUCGACUGCUGCAAAUAACUGUCGUAAAUUGACGUAACAAACUAGCACAGUUGUACAAAGAGGCCAUAAAUUGGGCAGUGGAGACGUUAAAAGAGAAGACCUUCAAAGGCAAACAAACUAAUACAAACACAAGAAAAAAAAAUAAUACAAACACAAGCAAAAACAUCAGCAAUAAAUACCGAAAAGCGAACUAUUGUUAUCUUCGUGCCACACUCUCAUUGUGGUAACAACAAAACUAUACGGAGCAUAAUAAACACAUAUACCAGCAAAAAACGAAAAAUAAAAUAAUAAUAAAAGCAAUACACAAACAAAGCUAGACAUUAGCAUGGUAUUAGCCAUACAUUAGUGUAUACAAACAUACACUGAUAGCUGACUUGCGCGCUCGCCGAUCAUCGGAUUUGUCUAUAUAUACGCGCUGGCACAAUUCGUGGCACAGAUACUGAUCGUAUUCUGAUCGUUACAUUUAAAGUACAUUGCAAAUUGCCAGCAAUUCAGUCGUGUUUUGACUUUUGUACGUAUAAGUACCGAAUAAAAAGGACUACUUUGGAUCGAGCUACAACCAAGGGGAGCACAACGCACAGAGAGACAUUAAAAAGGCAAAAACUAAAAAGAGAAAAGCUUUUAACAGCACUUAACGAAAGCCAUUGGGAUCGUUUGAAUAUUCUGUGCUGAACGGUGCAAAGAAAACCGUUUUCCGAUGUCGAUUAAUUCGCCAAUACAUAUUAACUCUGACCUGAUUUAAACAGGCAAAAAAAAAAACGACAGGUGUUAAUUAUAAUACCAGUGUUCAACAACAACAGCAACAAUAUAGAAGAACAACGCCACAUAAAAAAGGUGUUGUUUUUUUCGUUUCAGUUUCGUUUUCGAAAGCAUUCUUCGUUUACCUUUUGAGUUAACUUUGGUUAUUUUUUGUUUGUAAAUCAAACACAAAGCUUAUAAGUGAGUUUCCAGCGAAAAAUUUAUAAAAUACGUCGAAUUAAAUAAUUCGUUGAAAAAAAAAACACGCAAAACAACUUUAACACAGCAGUAAACAAACAAAGUGACUCAUCAAAGGCAAAACAACAAAAAGCAGUGAAGAGAGAGACUUCCAGCCAAAACAAAUUCGUCGGCUAUCUACUAAUUGUGAACUCUACAAACCAAAUAUUAUAUAUAAACAGUCAGACGCUUGAAGCGUUCGAUCAUUCGCAAGCAAACAAUUGUCGAUCGCGUGUCGAGAAGCGUGCGUUAGCGCGUUUAGCAAAAAGCUUCAAAGUUUAAUUUAAUCAAGUUUGCUGUGUAUUUAUUCAAAGGUACAAUAAACAAUAUAGAAUUGUUGCGUUCUAACGGUAUAAACGGUAAACAUAAACAACAAUCUGAAGGAACAAAGAAUUUAAUUUAUCCGGGCUUUGGCCGUUGUAUGGAGCUUUCUAAACAACCAUCGUAUUUUGGAGACGAGCCGGACCUCCUGUUCAAAAGCGCGCAGGGCCGGAAUAGUCUAUUUUCAACGUGUAACGGUGCUGCAGCCGCCUCAACCGCCGCUCCAGCAACCGCUGCCGCUACAGCUACCGCUAUUCCAUUAUCAAUAAACGCAGCAGCCAAAAUUAAUCUAGAAACCUCGUUAAAUGAUUGCGAAAGUGGCUACGUGCCAACGGUUGGCCGUUGGGGCGCCGAAUGGCCAAGUUGACUCGCCGAAGCCAGCCUGGUGCGAUGUGGCGCCGCCGCCGCUAGCGCAGCAGCUGUUGAACCAGCUGUUGUUGUGGGCGCCGGCGCCAAUGCCGGUUUAUCGGCGGGUGCGGUACGUGUUGGAUUGACUACGAACACCGUUCCUGUUCAAGAUAGACCACAAAACAACAACGGCCAACGAAUUGUUGUCGCUCAACUGCAGCAAUGCAACGUGCACAACAAGACCUGGUCGUCGGACAACCACCAUGAUGUUGAUGAAAGCCAUGUGGACGAUGAAAACGACACUGGUGGACGAUGCGCUAAAAAUGGUGAUGAUGCAGUUGGCUCAACAACAACCGCCCCAACAGCAGUUGACAGCAAAUACAAAAAUGUUGACAACAUGGAAACAGUUGGAGCCGGUGCCACUGCAUCUGUCGCCGAUAUGGUUCGAAACUUUGGCAAAGUGGAUAAUGUGACAUCCAAUGCAUCAUUGGAACGCUGCUCCAAUAUACGUAAACUACUUGAGGAGCAGCACCGCAAAUGGUGGCGCAAUCAACUGCACGGCCAACAGGAGUGGUGGGCCGAUGAGGAUAGCUACAAUUUAACUGCAUUCAAUCAAAUCAACGGAAUCUGGCCCCUGGGACAUCCGCUACCGCUACCCGAUUGGGUGGCGGCUUGCGAUGACGAACACACCAAAGGCACACUGCACUUCGAUUCGGUUUGGGAAUAUGAAGAUCUAAAUGCCAUUAUUGAGACCAAAUUACAUCGUAUGCUCGAGGAGACACAUUACGAUACCAUCAAUUUAUUCGUGGACUUUUACCGCGCCUUCAAACGUACGCGCCGUUCAGAUCUGAAAUCAUUCUUCCAGUUCUACGAUUUACCUAUCAACAGGCGUCAUCAUAUGUGCGUCUCAUUGGCUAUGGAAAUAAUGACACGCAUCAUCGAGAUAUUUCCAGUAUUGCAACAUUAUCUGUAUCUGGUUUCGUGCGAGGAACAAGUCAUGUCCCAGAGUGAUUAUAUUGAAAGCACUGAUGAAGUGGGUGGAUUGAACUCUCCACAUGCCAACGUGGAAAAAGAGCACGCCAUGGUGGCUAUGAAGAUUACAAUUGCUGGGCGUGAGGGUGUAAUGAUUUUGGAUCCAGGUUAUCACAUUGGGCGUGCCGUAACAGUGAUGUCGGACCAAAUGUAUCCGCACACUGGUUGGUUCACACAAUCGAAAGAGACGCAUCUGCAGCGUGACUAUUGUUACAACUAUUGUCUGCAUAGCAACAAGUACGUGGAAUGGAUGGAACGUGAGACACGUGGCGAUGAACAAUCCUUCAAGUCAUCACUCAUCUAUAUCGAACAGCCCUACGUGACUGCUAUAGAUGUGACAGUGCGUCGUAAUUUAGUGUACAACUUCCGCUCGCUACUGUCACGUGACGCUAAGGGACGCGUCUUUGCGGGUAUUUAUCUGCCGGUUGUGCCAAAUAGCAAUGAGUCGCAUUUCACCAUAUUCUACGACGGGCCGAAUGAUCAACGCAUAAAAGUGAAAUUCAUGUUCAAUGUCUUCAAAAACCCAACGAAGGUUCCGGAUAAUGUGCAACAACAUUUGAAUAAAGUGGCACCGCAGUUAAAUAUGAAUGCAAAGGAGCUCACUGACCUCUGUAAAUCCUUGGCCGAAGUCGUAAAUGAUCAGGAUUUCGUGCGACAGCUGUUAGGUAUCAACGAGGAUAUCGGAAUUAUGUCAGCCGAAAAUUGACAAUUAAAGGAUAAAAAGGUCGAUGCUGAUCUGAAGGAUGUCAAAGGCAAGAAACCACCUAAAUCGAAUGGCACAACAACAACAACAACGACGAUGACAGAGAUGGCCAAUUCGAAUGCAGCAUAAACUUAAACAUUUUCUCUGCAACUUAAAUAUUUUCAAUUCAUAAUUAUAAAAAAGUUAAAGUAUAAAACAAAAAAAAAAAAAAAAGGUACAUAAAAAAUAUGUAAGCAAUAAUUUUACGAUUCUUCAUAAUGCACUUAAGAGAAACAACAAAAUUAAAGCAUGAAAAAUUAAAGAUAUAAACAUAUAUGGGGUUAAUAGUUUACUGGUAGUUUGAAAACAUUUAUUCUUAACUUUAAAGAGAAUUAUGCCACAUACAUAUACACAGUUAACUCUAAUGAAAGCAUUAUGUACUGCAUACAAAUGUGCUUAAGUAUUAAAAAAAGCUAUCUAGAGAUUAUUUAAAAUUUUAUAGACGCGCCUCACAAAGGUAUAAACGUAUAUUUUCACAGCUUAAUAUGUUUCCAAGUAAUUAAAUAUAAUUUUUUCAUUUAUCUUUCGCCUAUAACUUGACUUUAAAGCUAACCACGGAUAUCAUGUCUCGCUGCGCAACUUUUAUCCACUUAUUACAAAAACAAAGUUUGUAUAAAUAAUAUUGCAUAGUGUACCGAGUGUUGCUCACAUUUUAGAAAACUAUUAAAACAAAAGUAAGAAAGGAAAAAAUUUUAAAUUAUGCUUGUAAGCAGCAUAAGAGUAAAAAAUAUAUGCGCCGGCAUAAGAACAUACUUUAAAAUGCAAGCUUGUAGCCGCACAGCAACCAUACAUGCAAACACUUAAACACAGAGAUAUGAUAUCCCUAAAGCGUAAACUUAAUCUUGCCACUCGUCCUUAAACUCUGCCCACGUAUACACCCGCAUAUAACAUUGUAUUAUUAUUGUAAUGGUCAUACUUUAAUUUAGUGUUUCCAGUAAAAAGCAAAAACAAAGAACAGAAGAAGAGGAAAAUGUGGAAAAUUAUUCUUUAAAAUAUAUAAAAGUAUAUUUAAAAACUUAUGUAACGUAGCUUAUAUACUAUGCACGAAAUAAACUUUACUUUGACCAAAAA